AUGCACAUAAGUCCUUACACUACUACUCCAAAGAAGCCAUCACCAUACUCCACCAUCCACUCCAAUAACCACCGCCAUCACCACCACCAUAACAACAAUAUUGUGGAUGAAGCUGCAGUGUUAGAUAACAACAACAUGCAUCGCAGCAACCAGAGCCACACGUCCACCAGUCGUUCUUCAGACUCCAGUGAGCCGAGUGAAGAUGGGAAAUGGGCUCCAAAGCUUCUGAGAGAGUGUGCAAAAGCAAUAUCAGAGAGAGACUCAACGAAAACACACCAUCUUUUGUGGAUGCUUAACGAGCUCGCUUCGCCCUAUGGUGACUGCGAUCAAAAACUCUCUUCAUACUUCUUGCAGGCCUUGUUCUGCAGAGCCACUGAGUCCGGUGAGAGAUGCUACAAGACACUCUCCUCCGUGGCUGAGAAGAACCACUCGUUCGAUUCCGCGAGGAGGUUGAUUCUCAAGUUUCAAGAGGUGAGCCCUUGGACCACGUUCGGACAUGUGGCCUCCAACGGGGCCAUCUUGGAGGCCUUGGAGGGAGAGCCCAAACUCCACAUCAUCGACCUCAGCAACACGCUUUGCACACAGUGGCCUACUUUGUUGGAAGCUUUGGCCACGCGAAACGACGAAACGCCACACCUCAAACUCACAGUGGUGGCGCUUGCGGGGUCGCUGAUGAAGGAGGUUGGUCAACGGAUGGAGAAGUUCGCAAGGCUCAUGGGCGUGCCCUUUGAAUUCAACGUGAUCAGUGGCUUCAGGGAGCUCACAAAAGAAGGUUUAGGGGUUCAGGAAGAUGAAGCUAUCGCCGUGAAUUGCGUUGGGGCAUUGAGAAGAGUGGAGGUUGAAGAGAGGGAAAACUUGAUUCGCGUGUUCAAGUCUCUUGGUCCUAAAGUGGUGACCGUUGUUGAGGAAGAAGCUGACUUUUGCAACUCGAGGGAGGAUUUUGUGAAUUGCUUCGAGGAGUGUCUCAAGUUCUACACUCUCUACUUCGAGAUGCUGGAAGAGAGUUUUCCCCCGACGAGUAACGAGAGGUUGAUGCUGGAGAGGGAGUGUUCGAGGAGCAUAGUCAGGGUUUUGGCAUGCUGUGGUGGUGGUGGUGAGGAAUUAGAAGAUGAUGAGUUUGACAGUUGUGAGAGGAGGGAGAGAGGCACACAGUGGUGUGAGAGGCUGAGGAAUGUGUUUUCGCCGGUUGGAUUCAGCGAUGAUGUGGUGGAUGAUGUGAAAGCAUUGCUUAAGAGGUACCAACCAGGGUGGUCACUUGUGGUGUCUCAAGGUGAUGAACAUCUCUCAGGCAUUUACUUGACAUGGAAGGAGGAACCAGUGGUUUGGGCUUCAGCAUGGAAACCCUAG